AUGGCCCUAGUCAUAGACGAGACUGCGUAUAGGCUUCUCUGGCUGGCCCAGUGGAAGCUGCAACAGGAGUCGGAGCACAUGGAGCCAAUGCUGACCAAGAUGAUCGGCCACCUUUCAGUCUAUCAAAAAGCCGCAGAGUACAUGGAAGAACAUGACGUGGCCGAUGUGAUCUUCGGCAAAGAAGAGGAUCAAUCUCAAGUCCUGGAUGAGUUUUCCGAGCUGUUGGCGCACGACGCACACAACCGCGUCUUUCAGCCAGAACAAGCAUCAUCAUCAUCAUCAUCACUACCAGCAACAACACCAGACUCGGUGGUCGUCAGUGCAGUCGAAGUGGACGCCGAGGGCGAGGGCGAGGGCCAGAGGAACCCGUUCUCCGACGACGAAGAGGUCUCCAGUGUGGGCGAGGACGAUGUCAACUGGAGCAGCGACGACGAGACCGAGUUUGGCAGUGUGUCGAGCUUCGACGAGGAAAACGAGGCGGCCGACCACUGCUGCGGCGACACUGCUGGUCGCCACUCCUUGAAGGAGAAGACGGGUGAUGUGGACAUGGACCCCGUCUGGAGGCCCAAGGUCCGGGACAUCGCUAUGGCGGAUCUCCCCCCGGAUUUUGACGCAUGGGCGCCGUCUCUACCUCCCCUGGGGCGGCCGGGCACUCCGCUACGCGCGACAAUCGACGGUCUUGCCCUCGUCGACGCGUCGUGA